AUGCCCGUUAAAGUUGAUAUCACCCCUCCGCCUCCAGCAAAUUCAAAACAACCUGGAGUAACUAAGUCAUUACUUUAUAACGGAUCCAAAUUCCAAGGACACCAAAAAAGCAAGGGAAAUUCAUAUGAGGUCGAAGUGGUUUUGCAGCAUGUAGACGAAGAGAAUUCAUAUCUUUGUGGCUAUUUAAAAAUUAAAGGAUUAACAGAAGAAUUUCCAACACUCACAACAUUUUUUGAUGGAGAAAUCAUAUCAGCCAAAUAUCCCUUUCUUACAAGAAAGUGGGAUGCUGAUGAAGAUGUUGAUAGGAAACAUUGGAGUAAAUUUGACUUGUUUGUACCUUAUUUGAAAACAUUCAAUUCAGAUUCGUUUGAUUAUGACUCUCUUGCAAAGGCUGACUAUGUUUUUAUGAGGUGGAAAGAACAUUUUUUAGUACCAGAUCAUACAAUUAAGGAUAUAAACGGUGCUUCUUUUGCGGGUUUUUACUAUAUAUGCUUUCAUAAGUCUGCUGCUACAAUAGAAGGAUAUUAUUACCAUCGAAGUUCAGAAUGGUAUCAAUCUUUGACUUUAAGUCAUGUACCUGAACACAGCAUCCAAAUUUAUGAGUUUAGAUGA